AGAUUACUUCUCGACCGGAAGGGAGACCAGAUCACUAUUACGGACGGUGUGGUCAAGGCUGCAGCUAGAAACGAAUAUCAGGGUGAGGAGGUAUUGAGACUACUUCUCGACCGGAAGGGAGACCAGAUCACUAUUACGGACGGUUUAGUCGAGGCUGCAGCUGAAAACGAAGAUCAGGGUGAGGAGGUGAUGAGACUACUUCUCGACCGGAUGGGAGACCAGAUCACUAUUACAGACGGUGUAGUCGAGGCUGCAGCUGGAAAUAAAUAUCAGGGUAAGGAGGUAUUAAGACUACUUCUCGACCGGAAGGGAGACCAGAUUACUAUUACGGAAGAGGUUGUGUACACUAUUACAGAAAGCUUCGGUCAGCAGAUUGUAAGACUGCUUCUCGACCGGAAGGGUGACCAGAUCACUAUUACGGACGGUGUGGUCGAAGCUGCAGUUAGAUAGCCUUUUGGUGCAAAACUGUAUUAUGGGACUUCAUC